UUGGCUGGAAAGGCAGCAACUGAGAAUGGUAAAACUAGAAUUAUGCCUCGCUAUAUUAUGAUGGCUAUAAAAUAUGAUGAUGAAUUAAACCUUAUGCUGAAAGGUGUUAUAAUAGCAGAAGCGGGUGUAUUACCAAAUAUCCAAAAAGAGCUCCUGCCAAAGAAAACUGCAAAAAAGAAAGAAAGCAAACCUGAGGCAGAAGCUGGUCCUUCCCAGGAAUAUUGA